UUGGGCCAUGAAGAUCUAUUAGCCCAUAUCGUUCUACCCACGUGCAAAAAUAUAGGCAGGCAGCAGGCUUGUACGUUGUCUUCUUUCUGCCGCGAAUUAGGGUUUCUCAGUUUUAACAUUGCCAGGAGAGUGUGUGUGUGUGUGUAUAGAGAUACGCCAUGGCAAGGAUCAAAGUUCACGAGCUGAGACAGAAAUCCAAGACUGACCUUUUAGCUCAGCUAAAGGACCUGAAAGCAGAGCUUGCUCUUCUACGUGUUGCCAAAGUCACUGGUGGUGCCCCUAACAAGCUCUCAAAGAUAAAGGUAGUGAGGUUGUCGAUAGCACAGGUGUUGACGGUGAUAUCGCAGAAGCAGAAGUCAGCACUGAGGGAAGUAUACAAGAACAAGAAGUACUUGCCUCUUGAUCUCCGUCCCAAGAAAACCAGAGCUAUUCGUAGACGUCUUACUAAGCACCAGGCAUCUUUGAAGACAGAAAGAGAGAGGAAGAAAGAAAUGUACUUUCCACUUAGAAAGUAUGCCAUUAAGGUUUGAAUUCAUCCAAUUUAGUCACUGAGAUAUUAGCACUUCCCCAGCAAAAGGGUGGAUCAAUCCAAACUGAGUUGUUUUACUUCCUAAAACAUUGCAUUAUGAAGUGUAAACUUUUGCUUAUUUUAUUUUCCGGUUUAGUUCCCUUUUUAGAACUCGUAGCUAGAAGUAAUGUCUAUGCACGCAAUUUCUUGACCAAUUCAGCCAAAAAUUCUUCACUUUCAGUUCAUUGUCAUGUAGCCUGUUGGAUGAAUUCAUGAAUAGAGAAUUUAAAAAAAAAUAAAAAAAUAUUCACCUUAUCACUUUCUCCAAUCGCCCUAAUCUCCGGUUAUAACAUUGCCGUCUUUUUCUUGUGAAACAAAUGUGAACGAGUGGUGCAUGGUGUCCAGUUAAUUGAACGAGAAAAGAAAGGCAAACUCUAAUAUUUUGUUAGUUCAUA